CGGUCCGCGCGAGAACUCAUUCGUUUCGGAACCUUUCCACCGAAAGGACGUUCUAUAGUGAAAGUGUUGAGUGUAAUAGCUAAUGUUUUAUAAGUGUUAAGUUUUUAUUAUAAUAAUGCGGAAAUUAUUGUUAGUUUUGGGUUGCUGCUUUGCAGCAGCUCUCGCCACCAACCCGCCCAAGUGGCCGAACGUGUACUCGGUCAGCGGCAUCCUGAACAUCCCGUACGCCGAGAUCAGCGAGCCGUUCUACGCGUGGUUCGACCGGGACAACGGCCGCUCGCGGAUCGACUACUACGGCGGCAUGGUCAAGACUUAUCAGCUGACGAAGGCGGGCGAGUACGGCACCAGUCUAAAGGUCGCCCCGGUCAGCACCCGCCAGCAGCUGAACAAAGAGACCUGCCUGCAGGUCAACGGAUCCGCUGAUAAUGCUAUCGAGGUGCAGAGCAUUCUGCCGAACGCAAAGGAGUUCAAGCUGGAGGGAACCGAAACCCGAAAUGGAUUCACCUGCGACAAGUUCACGCUGAUUGUGGACGUUGGGCAGAAGCGAAACUACUAUUACCUGUGGGUUCGGUACAUCAAGUCACCGAAGUAUCCGGCAUCGAGGAUGCCCAUUCCGGUGCGGUACGAGAUGAAGGGUUACAACACGCUGCUGGGAUCGCAUUACGAUCACUACUACAUCGAUUACGACUCGUACGAGCACCAGGAUAUUCCGGCUGAGGUGUUUGAGGUGCCCGUUGCUGACCCCUGCGUCGGAUUUCCCGGCCCCGGCAACGGCCACUACGCCACGUUCAAUCCGAUGAAGGAGUUUAUCCACCCACGGUCGGAGGAGCACCUGCAGGACGAGUUCACCCGGUUCAAGUACAAGCACGGCAAGACGUACAACGGCGAGAAGGAGCACGACCGUCGCCAGGACAUCUUCCGCCAGAAUCUGCGCUUCAUCCACUCGCACAACCGCGCCAACAAGGGCUAUACCGUGGCCGUGAACCACCUGGCCGACCGCACCGAUGAGGAGAUCCAGGCGCUGCGUGGGUUCAAGUCUUCCAACUCGUACAACGGAGGCCAACCGUUCCCGUACAACGUGAAGGACUUUAUGGACGAGUUGCCGGAGUCGCUGGAUUGGCGCAUCCCUGGGGCGGUCACGCCGGUGAAGGACCAAUCGGUUUGCGGGUCGUGCUGGUCGUUUGGAACUGCUGGGCACAUUGAGUCUGCAUACUUUUUGAAAACGAAGAAGCUGAUGCGUUUCUCGCAGCAGGCGCUGGUCGAUUGUUCGUGGGGUUACGGAAACAACGGAUGUGAUGGCGGUGAGGACUUCCGGGCUUACCAGUGGAUGAUGGAGGUUGGAGGUAUUCCAUCGGAGGAGGAGUACGGCGGAUAUCUGGGCCAGGAUGCGUACUGUCGGUUGGAGAACAAGACUCUUUACGCACCGAUCACGGGUUGGGUUAAUGUGACUUCCGGAGAUGCGGAUGCCAUGAAGUUGGCGCUGUUCAAGCACGGACCCCUGUCGAUUGCCAUCGAUGCCGGCCACAAGUCGUUCAGUUACUACGCGAAUGGAGUUUACUACGAGCCGGAGUGCAAGAACAACCUGGAUGGACUGGAUCACGCCGUGUUGGCAGUAGGCUAUGGAACGCUCAACGGAGAAGAUUACUGGCUGAUCAAGAACUCGUGGUCGAACCUGUGGGGCAACGAUGGGUACGCACUCAUGGCCAUGAAGGAUAACAACUGUGGCCUCGCAACCGAUGCGACCUACGUACUAAUGUAGAGAGACUGUCGUGUUUCUUUCAAUUCUAUUUUAAAUAAAACAAUAAUACAUUAGUAAACAUUAGUGUAACAACAUCUCA